AUGACAGAAAUUGAUACAAAAAAGCAACUAUUAGCAAAUUGUAUACACGAUUAUAAUGAAAAGAUGCAAAACUUUCUACUCCUAGAAGAGAUGCUUGACAAUAUUUCCGCGAAUAACUCGUUUGAAAUCUCAAAAUUUAUUUUAUCAAAUUUCAAAGGCGAUUACAAUCAAAUUUAUUGGCAAAUUAUGUAUACAUCAUCGAUAAGGCACCUAUAUUGGGAAGAAUUACUGCAACUUUUCGCUGUACUAAAUAAAUAUCACCCUUGCACUAUUCCAAUCUUAGUUAUGCGAAAGAAUUUCAAACUAUUUUCACAAUGCUUAGUAUAUUUAAAUGUAAUACCAGAUGAAUUCAACAGUAUUUACGGUGAUAAACGACCUUUGACCGAAAUCCUCAAAUACUUUCCAGAAAAUUCAUAUGGAGAAAUCAUAUCCCACGAUGAUAUUGACAAAUUGAUCGACAGAUCAGCUGAUAUUAACUUCAAAGAGAACAUCCUUAAAGAAAUGCCUAAUUAUUCUUGUUCAAAUCCUCUCCAAUUCGCCGCAAAAUACGGAUCAGUUAAUUGCUUUAAAUUCCUUAUGAAUAAUGGAUUUGAUAUCAAAAAUAGCAGUGUUGCCAGAACAGCAAUUGCUGGUGGAAAUCUCGAAAUCAUCAGAAUAACUCUCCAAGCAGGGGAAACAUACAAAGGAUGCUCAAAAAUUGCAGUUCAAUGGCAUAGGAAUGAUGUUUUAGAAUGGUUACAAAAUGAAUAUGAAAGUGAAAAAAGUUAUUGUUCUUUAUUCGAUUGCAUUGACUUUUAUAAUAUGAGAUGCCUUUUUUCCUUCUUAUCUCCUGAAAUUGAUUUCAAUCAAAUGUCAAAUGGAGCUUCUUUGCUUUAUGUUGCAUGCGCAAAUAAUUUAAACACUCUUGUUAAGAAAGUUCUUAUUAAAUAUGGCUAUGACGUAAAUCAGUCUACAAGAAACGGAUCUACACCAUUAUGUGCUGUUUCACAAAAUAAUAAUCUCGAAUUGGCAAAAAUUUUACUCAAAAUGGGAGCAAAUCCUGAUAAAAAAGGUGUUUCAGAUUGCUCUCCAUUGUUUUUUGCAUGCCAAAACGGAAAUUUGGAUAUUGUUAUGGAGUUACUUAAUAAAGGUGCUGAUAUAUAUACUGUUAAUAAAUUCAAUCGCGGAGUAUUGUUUGCUGGUUCUCAUUGCAAAACUCCUGAAAUUUUGCAAUUCUUAGCGACAACAAAUUUGAAUUUUUCAACAAAUGAUGGCUAUUAUGCUGUUAUGAAUUGCUGCUUAUUGAAUAAGUUCGAGAGUUUAACAGUUCUUUUAGAGAACGGCGCUUUACUUGCUGUUGAAAGCAGUGAUGAAAUGAUUUCAUCUCCAUUGAUCUCUGCUGCAGAAAAUAACAGUAUCGAAUCAAUGAUGAUUUUAAUUGAAAAAGGUGCGGAUGUAAAUUACUGUCCUAAAGGAACAAGUCCUUUAAUUGCCGCUUGUACAAACGGAAACCUUGAAUGCGCUAGACUCCUUAUUGAGAGUGGUGCUGAUAUUAACUAUAAUGGAUCUGAGAAGAGAACACCAUUAAUUGCUGCAUGUAAAAGUUCCAAAAUUGAACUGGUUCAAAUGCUAUUAGAUUAUGGUGCAAAAACUGAUUAUGAACGAAUAUUAAGUGCUGCUAUUAGCUCCGGCAAUUACCAAAUAAUGAAAAUGAUAUCAGAUAAAGGCUGCAAAGUUGAUUAUGAAUCAGAUGAAAAUAUCAUAAAUGCACUCACGUCUAGAAAUACAGAAGAUUCUCCAAAAAUCAUAAGAUUCUUAUUAGAAAAUGGUUUUAAUCCAAGUAAUGGAGAGCUAUUAAUGAAAUUAUGCAAAUUACGAUUCUAUAAAACUGCUAAUGAGCUUUUGGAUUAUUAUAUUGAAAAAGGAUAUUUCAUGAAUUUGGAACAAAGAGAUGAAAAAGAUCAAACACCAAUUUAUUUAGCAGUUGGUGAUAAUAAUUGUCUUCAAAAAUUAAUUAAAAUGGGCGCCGACGUUAACUCUGUUAAUAUUAAUGGAGCUACAGCAUUAUGCUAUGCAUGUCAAACUGGUGAUUACGAAGCUGCUAAAUUAUUGAUUGACAUAGGGAAAGCAGAUGUUAAUAUUGUUAUGACAGUUGGAGCUACAGCUCUAUAUGUUGCAGCUCAAGAUAAUUUUCCUCAAAUAGUAAGAUUACUAUGUCAAAGAGGAGCAAAAGUAGAUUUAUGUGCAGGCAAUGUUCCAAGCCCUUUGUAUUGUGCAGCAAAGAAGGGUUUCGCAGAGAUUGUUAAGAUUUUAUUAGAAUAUGGUGCAGAUAAGAACUGGCACAAUGAAACAAACUCUGUUAUUUCUGCUGCAACAGAUCCAUCUAUUCAAGCUUUAUUAGCUUAG